CCUCUCCGAGCCUCUCACUCUUCUCGUAGCGGAGUGAUAGCACUGACCACAGGCGACUUGGCUAGGGGGUAGGCUCAGCCCGCGGCCGCGUCGGGUGCUCUGCGGGCGCUCAGUAAGUGUUGGUGAGGCGCGGGAGUGGCCGCAGCCGGCGCCGGAGUGCGCCCCCGCGCGCGGUAGCACCGCGGGGCCCCAAACUCGCCGGGGAGGCCGAGACCCCGGGCCCCUCCCCGCCUGUCUAUCCUGUCUCCACGAUCGGUUCCUGAUACGGCACUCGCGGGAUCGGACGCUCGGGGCCCUGGCGGCCUGGGUGCUCGCGGUCCACCGUGCAGGGAUGCUCCCGGCCGCCCCCAGCUCCAGCGGCUCCACCUGGGAUGUGGCGAGGAGGGCGGCCGAGCUGUCCGCAAACAACGGGCCUUUAGUUUUCAGGUGGCGAAACUGACUGGUCUGGUUAGAGCGCAUCCAAGCCAAGCCGCAGUACUGUUUGGAUUUUUAAAUUUCUCCUGAGUGAGAAAAUAGCAAUCGAGAUGGAGCCAUCCGCACAACAGCUCCAGCUGGCAGCAUCACCUCCCACCAAUUUAUCCAACUUCUGCCAAGGCUCUGAAAUGCCAACUAUGUCAAGGCCUGCACUUGAUGUCAAGGGUGGCACCUCACCUAUGAAGGAGGAUGCCAACCCAGAGAUGAGCUCUCUGGCCUACUCUAACCUGGCGGUGAAAGAUCGCAAAGCAGUGGCCAUCCUGCACUACCCCGGGGUAACCUCGAAUGGAACCAAGGCCAAUGGGGCUUCUGCUAGUUCCUCGGGAUCUCCAUCUCCAAUAAGCUCUCCUACUGCCGCCCCUCCCACUAAACCCCCACCCUUCAACCUGAACCCCGCCCCUCACCUGCUGGCCAGUAUGCAGCUGCAGAAACUUAAUAGCCAGUAUCAUGGGAUGGCCGCCGCCACUCCGGGCCAACCUGGAGAGGCAGGGCCCCUGCCAAACUGGGGCUUCGGGGCUCAGGCGGGAGGGGCGGGGUCACUCUCUCCUUCUGCUGGUGCCCAGAGCUCUGCCAUCAUCGAUUCAGACCCGGUGGAUGAGGAGGUGCUGAUGUCACUGGUGGUGGAACUGGGACUGGACCGAGCCAAUGAGCUUCCGGAGCUGUGGCUGGGACAGAAUGAGUUUGACUUCACUGCAGACUUUCCAUCUGGCUGCUGAUGCCAACUGUUCCUAAAGAUGGAGGAAUAAAGCCACCAAUUCUGUUGUAAAUAAAAAUAAAAGUUACUUACAA